AUCUCCCAAUCCCUAAUCUCAACAUUAUCCAUCAGAUAGUAAACAACUCAAGCUACAAUGGCCCAAUACGAGCUUCCAUUCCAACUCUCCGACCCCUCCAUCCUCCACUUCGAUGCCUUCGUCAACAACACCUGGAUCAAAUCCCAGAGCAACCAGCACUUCGAAGUCAUCGACCCGGGCACCUCCCACCCCUGGGCCCAAAUCCCCACCUGCACAACCCUCGACGUCCCCCACGCCGUAACCUCCGCACACACAGCAUUCCUCACCUUCCGCCACACCACCGCGCGCUACCGCUCCGAGCUCCUCACAGCCUGGGACACCCUCAUCCGUACGCACAAAACCGACCUCGCGAAAAUCAUCACCUACGAGACAGGCAAACCUCUCGCCGAAGCGCUCGGCGAGAUCGACUACGCAACCUCCUUCACGCGAUGGUUCUCCGGCGAAGCCGAGCGCGUCUCCGGCACAAUCAGCUCCUCCGCCGUACCCGGCCGUCGCAUCAUGACGAUCAAGCAGCCCAUCGGCGUAGCGGCCGCGCUAGUACCGUGGAACUUCCCUGUGGCGAUGGUGCUGAGGAAGGUCGCGGCGGCGAUCGCGGCGGGGUGUACGAUGAUUGUGAAGCCGUCUCCGGAGAGUCCUGUGUCUGCGUUGGCGAUUGCGGGGUUAGCUAUGCAGGCGGGGUUCCCGGCGGGGGUGGUGAAUGUGUUGACGACGGAUAUGGAGAAUACGCCUUCGCUGAGUGAGGCGUUGUGUCGACAUGAGUUGGUGAAGAAGGUGACGUUUACGGGGUCGACGAGGGUGGGGAAGUUGAUUGCGGGGAUUUGUGCGGAUGGGUUGAAGAAGGUUACGUUGGAGUUGGGGGGGAAUUGUCCGUUUAUUGUGUUUGAGGAUGCGGAUUUGGAGAAUGCUGUGGCGGCGUUGAUGAAUCUGAAGUGGAGGCAUGCGGGCCAGGCGUGUAUUACGGCGAAUAGGGUGUAUGUGCAGCGGGGGGUUUAUGAAAGGUUUGCGGGGUUGUUGAGGGAGAGGACGGAGAAGUUGGUUGUCGGGCAUGGGAUGGAGGAAGGGGUGGGGAUGGGGCCGUUGACGACGGAGAGGGGGGUGGGGAAGGCGGAGAUGCAGAUUGAGGAUGCGAGGAGGUUGGGCGCUGAGGUUAUUUUGGGUGGUGGGAAGGUGGAGGGGAAGAAGGGGUAUUUCUUCCAGCCGACGAUUCUGACGGGCAUGACGAAGGAGAUGUUGGUUAGUCGGGAAGAGACGUUUGCGCCGGUGGCGGCGUUGUAUGCGUUUGAUACGGAGGAUGAGGCCGUGCAGUGGGCGAAUGAUACUAGUAUGGGGCUGGCGAGUUAUGCGUUUACGAAAGAUGCGGAUCGCUUGUGGAGGUUGUUUGAGAAGCUGGAGGCCGGUAUGGUGGGCUUGAAUACGGGGAGUAUGUCGGCUGCGGAGGCGCCGUUUGGGGGUAUGAAGGAGAGUGGGUAUGGUAAGGAGAGUGGGAAGGAUGUGGCUGUGGAUGAGUAUUUGGUUACCAAGACGGGGACGUUGACGGUGCAGGGACAUUAUUAGGGUUGGCUUUUGGUUUUGGGGGUGCCUGAGGCUAAAUUGACCGCUAGCUAGUAUGAACAUGUUGGCAUC